CAGUGCUGAUACACUGACUUACACUUUCAUCAUGUACCUGAUACAAGGCAUCGUCCUGCUCCUGCUCAGCAUCAGUCUUCAGAGUCGUUCCAUUAGGGCAUUCGUUAAUGGGACCUCUGAGGAGAUUGAUAACAGCAUCGACAGCGAUUAUUACUCAGUUUCUGCCAUAAUUGAAAGAGCCAACGAGAAUGCUGAAAAGCCAGAGGGUGAUUUUAUCAUUACGCAUGGUGACAUAGCUGUGUUCACUGGACUCCAGAAUGCAGAUUUGUGUACUUCUGGUGGGUGCAAGUGGCCCAGGAGCCGAAAUGGGAAAGUUUAUGUGCCUUACGUCAUUUCCAAUGAGUACUCACCCACUGAAUUACGUGUUAUCCAGCGUGCAAUGAAAUCCUUCAGAAAGUCGACGUGUAUCCAAUUCAGACCUCGCGGCAAUGAAACAAAUUACAUUGAUAUAAUCUCAGGAAAUGGGUGCUUCUCCUACAUUGGACGCAUUCGUAGAAAGCAAGUUUUGUCCAUAGAAAUAAAUAAAUGUGUUUACCGUCAUGUCAUCCAACAUCUGCUUCUUCACGCUCUGGGUUUUCAUCAUGAGCAGAGCCGUAGUGACCGUGACAAACACGUCAAAAUCCUUUACAAAAAUAUUAGGCCUGAUAAAGUGGACAAUUUUCAAAUAGAGCUCACCAACAAUUUGAAAACUCCAUAUGACUACAAUUCUGUCAUGCACUUUGAGAGAUAUGCUUUCUCCAAGAGCGACCAGCCGACCAUCAUCCCUAUACCAGACAAAAACGUUUCCAUCGGACGUGCCACCAAAAUGAGCGCCAAUGACAUUCUAUGUGUUAAAAGACUGUACUGCAGUUAAACGAGCCACUUUCUGAACAUCAUCGGUGUGUUUCACAUGCUUUCACAAACUGCUUACAGAAAAAUGGCAAAGUUUAAAACAUUUUCUCAAAUCUGAGAUUAUUUUGCUUGAA